CCAUACGGCGUCACUCACACCAUUACCUUCGAUUAAGCCUGCUUCUCUUUCUACGAGCCCAAGUAUGACGCCAACCCCUAGCGCAACCGUCACCGCCAGUCCAAGUGCGACCUUGACUGCCAGUCCUAGUCCAUCUAUGUUUAUUCCGGCUUUCAUCAAUGGUACAGUUAUAAAGCACGUGACGCGAGAAGGUAUCGAGAACGUUACCGUAACUGCUGUGUGUGUAACUGAUGCUACCAUCAGCUACACCGCUGUGGCCGGCGCUGAUGGGUCAUAUUCCAUUGGGAAUGUGGUGGACUGCGAGUACAACGUGACCGUUCCUGUAGAACACCUGGGCGACCCUGUGUUCACUGAUCCCAACGUCACUGUAGUUAUCACACCGGACAUCAGAUAUGGCGAGGCGGACUUCGA